CGAGCAGGAGAGGAAGUCGAGGAAAAGCCCAUAUAAUAGACGCCAAACAGUCGAGAUCCCAGAAGCCCAACAAGGAAAAUGCACAAACAGUUGAGCCCAAUACGACGCUCCCAGCUGUACUUAGAAAAACGCCAAGCCAAGGUUCCAACAUCCAAACUCUCACACGCACAAAAUCUGGCCGUCCCACUAACCAACCCAUCUCUCUCUGAUGCUUCUUCAGCUUCUCCUUCUCUUUUAGGCUCUGUUUCUUUCUCUCUCUUUUUUCCGUCUACAGACAGCAGCAGCAGACCCCUUCUGUGUCUGUAUUUUGUCUCUUCUCUCUCUGUGUGUGCUCUCAGUUUUCUUGUAUUCAUCGAUUUACCCACUGUAACUUCUCCUCCCCCAGUUCUAGACCCACAACUCUUCCCCUUGGAUCCGAUUCUCAUCACUUUUCUGCUUUCCUUUUGCUUCCCUGGUGUUUCAUUUGAAACAAAUUACUUUCCUUUUCUUUAUAUGCGUGUUAAUGGCUUCCAUUUCCUCUAGCCCACGCACAGUUGAAGAGAUCUUCAAGGACUACACCGCCCGCCGCGCCGGCCUCGUGCGGGCUCUGACUUUCGAUGUGGAUAAUUUCUACUCGCAAUGCGAUCCAGAAAAGGAGAACUUGUGUUUGUAUGGACACCCAAAUGAGUUAUGGGAGGUGACUCUUCCAGCCGAGGAGGUUCCACCGGAGCUACCCGAGCCAGCUCUGGGUAUCAAUUUUGCAAGAGAUGGGAUGCAGCGCAAAGAUUGGCUCUCUCUUGUUGCAGUUCACAGUGACUGUUGGCUGCUCUCAGUGUCAUUCUACUUUGGUGCCCGGCUUAAUCGUAACGAGAGGAAGCGGCUAUUCAGCAUGAUAAAUGACCUGCCAAGCCUAUUUGAAGUUGUAACCGGGAGGAAGCCAGUGAAAGACAAACCAAGUGUAGACAGUGGGAGUAAAGCUAGGAACAAUGCGAAGAGAUCACUGGAUGGACAGGCGAAAAACAACUCAAAGUUAAUGGAUGAGAACUAUGGAGAUGAAGAAGAUGAGCACGGGGAGACAAUCUGUGGGACUUGUGGCGGAACAUACAACUCAGACGAGUUCUGGAUUGGGUGCGAUAUCUGUGAAAGAUGGUACCACGGGAAAUGCGUCAAGAUCACUCCAGCAAAGGCCGAGAGCAUCAAGCAUUACAAGUGCCCUUCCUGCUGCACAAAGAAGGGAAGACAGCAGUAGCAGUAGCAAAUCCCGAGUAAUAACUAUGUUCAGUAGGGAAAACACCAAUUCAACAGCACUCUUUUUUGAGCCAAGUGAAGGAAGGAACAAACCGAACGAGGCCUCGUAAUGACCUAAUUGGCUUAGCUUUUGCCAGGUGUUGUGACACAACUCUUAGGGUACCAAAAAAAAACAUCUUUUCCUCCAUCUCUUUUCUGUUUCGCCUCUGUGAGUAAGGUAUCUUUUAUCUUAGCUCCUCUCUGUGGCAUAACAUAACAGGUGUCUUAGCUUAGUUUGUUUUGUUUCAACUCUGGUUUUGAAGUCGCCUCGAGAUUGUGAUUGAAACCUCGUUUAUAUCUCAUUCACAAAGGGAUUUGGAUUCUUCUUAAUAACUGACAAAACUGAAA